CCGGACGUUAGACACACUAUUCUAAGAUAGUAAACGCGUCGUAGCAGCUGGAAGAAAAAAAAAAACAUCGAUCCGUCCUGCACUACUAUGCCGACUGACUCGAUUCGCGGUCCCGGCGGCGAGAGCGUGAAACAGCCGCAGGGUCCACGUGGAAGUUUGCAUGAUAUUCGGCUCAACAUUCAAAGACCAAUUCUAGCCGAUCAGACUAAUGCGUUGACAAGCGAUAGUUUUGUACCUAUUGCGGCCAAAGUCAAUCAGCGAACCCCCGGACCAACUCCAAGUCGACUAUCCAAGAAGAAUUUGAAAAGGUCGGCGGGAAUAGGCGGGGCUAUACCCUGCUCACCGCAGGCCAUAGAACAGCUACAAAUUCCUUAUAAAAAGGCCCGCAAGGACGCCAACCAUGGUGGUCUAGCUCCGGAGAAGUAUAAUCAGGUUAUUCAGGCCGUUAUAAACCCGCAAAUCGUGCAACAUGGAGCUGUAUGGUCUGAUUCCAAACACCAAGUGAUCGGGGAAGUGGAUGUGCAUGUGUCGGCGUCGCCUGCAGAGACCGUCACAGUGCAACCGGAUGGAACUAUACAACACGUCCAUGGAGAUCCCCAGUGUGCGCCACUAGCAGGGCUGACCGCCAAUGAUUUGGCUGGUCUUGGCGACGUCCUGGACUCGUCCUGGAAUUCAUCGCUACGCAUAUAA